ACACGCACGUUUUCCUAUCAGAACCGGACAGGAGGUACAGGCAGAAAAAGCAAAAACCCAUUGAUCUGUCAUCGUCUCUCUCGCAUUGAUUGCGAGUUUGGCAAGAAUCGGCCAGUACCACGACGGAGACGAGGUGAAUAGUGCCGGGGUCGAUUGGAGAAUCCACAGGGGGAAGGUUGCCGAAACUGAUUAUAGUUGGACCACCGGAUUAUAUAAUUCUGUGCGCUUGUGUGUGCUUAUGUUGUGCCGUGGAGACGAGAUUUUUUUGAGUUAAUUAAUUUGUUCAGAUUUCUGUUCUGUUCUACUAUCUCUGGUAAGCUGGCCACGUUUAGUUUCGUGUUUGUUUUUGGUGUUGAUUGUGUUGACAGUGUUCAUACAAAACAGUGGAAAUGUAGAAAAGCAGCGGAAGAACAUUUCCAUAAUAAAGUAAAGGCUGCAAGUAGCAGCUUUUAGAUAAUAGCAAGGAUGACUACAGGAAGCACUGGAUCUACCUUUCCCAAGUGGCAAUUGGCGAUACUGAUCGGCGCUCCGGUUGCCCUCGGUAUUGGCUAUCUGUACUGGAAAAAGUCCACGGAAGCAGAAGAACCGGACGAUAAGCUGACGAAGAAGAAGCUGGGCGAGAUUAAGGAGAAAACUAUUUCCCUAGAUGGGGAAAGCUCGCAUGAUACUGUGGCAAAGCGGAAGACAUUGACCCCACUGGAAGAAGCACAAAAACAUAAAAACGAAGGAAAUGUGCAUUUCAGGGAGGCAAAAUACGAUCAAGCUAUAAAAGAGUAUGACUUAGCUAUCGAGAAAUGUCCGGCGUCAGAAAUAAACGACCUUUCAACGUUCUACCAGAACAGAGCCGCGGCCUAUGAACACCUACAGAAGUGGAACUCUGUAAUAGACGAUUGCAUUAAAGCGCUCGAGUGUAAUCCCAAGUACCUGAAAGCGUUGAAGCGAAGAGCGAAGGCCUACGAACAGCUGAAAGAGCUGGCAAAAUCCCUGGAGGACAUUACGGCAGCAUGUAUUCUGGAAGGUUUCCAGAACAAACAUACACUCGUAUUGGCAGAUCGUGUGCUGAAGGAACUAGGCCAACAGCAUGCCAAGGAAGCUCUGAAAGAUAAACACGAUGUUCAACCAUCCAAAUUCUUCGUAAAAAAUUAUUUCGCCUCUUUCGCGGAUGAUCCGGUCAGAAAAAUGGUCAUCGUUAGCAGUGAACCGAAAGGAUUCGUCAAAGCCAAGCAACUGCUAGAUCAAGGAGAGUACGAAGGAAUUGUGGCAGCCUGUACGGAAGAAAUCGAAUCCAGUGAAGCGGAAUCGGAGCACAAAGUAGAAGCUAUUCUGUUGAGAGCCACAUUCUAUUUGCUGACGGCACGUUAUGCCGAAGCAACUGUCGAUUUGGACACUGUUAUCGGCACAGAACUGGCCGAUAAAAAACUACGCGCUAAUGCCCUAAUCAAACGCGCCUCGCUUGCCAUGCAAACACAACCCAACCUACCGGAGGAAUGUUUCAAAUAUUUCAGUAAAGCCGAAGAACUUGAUCCAUCCAACAGUGACAUCUAUCAUCACCGUGGCCAGGUGUACAUCCUGAUCGAGCGACUGUCCGAGGCAAUCAGUGACUUUGAGAAAGCCUGCUCCCUUUGUCCGAACUCGGGAAUGAUCGCAAUUCACAAAUGUUACGCCAACUACCGGCAAGCAAUGAUCAACAAGGAUGAAUAUGCGCUGCGUAAGGUGAUGGAAGGCUUCCGCGAUGCAAUCGAUCGUUUUCCCGAUUGCGUGGAGUGUUACAGCUUGAUGGCACAGGUACUCUGCGAUCAGCAAGAGUUCCAGGAAGCGGAUAACUUUUUCGAAAAGGCUACCAAAAUCGAACCAGAAAAUGCACAGAUCCUGGUUCAUAAAGCUCUAUUACAGCUUCAGUGGAAGGCGGAUCUUACGGCGGCUGUCAAGUUGAUCGAGGAGGCAAUUAAAAUCGACGAUAAAUGUGAAUUCGCCUAUGAAACGCUGGGUACAAUCCAGGUUCAACGGGGACAUCUAACGGAAGCGAUCCGGCUUUUCGAGUGUGCGAUCAAUCUAGCCAAAACUGAGAUGGAGCUCGUUCAUCUGUACUCGCUGAAGGAUGCCGCUAUUGCUCAGGUCAACGUGACGAAGAACAUGGGCCUGGAUAUUCACACGCUGGGUCAGUUCGUCUAAGACUCAAUUUUUUCGCGAUACAGAAUACAAUUUGAAUCAACCAGUCAAAGCUUUUACCUCUUCGUUACGUUUAGUUGAAGCAUUCUGUUUUCACUCACCCAUUCUCUGUCUCAGCGGAGACAGAUUGCAAUACUUUGCCUUUUUGCUUAGACUUGAUUACGUUUUCCCUGUUGAUUUUUCCGGAACGAACUGGAAAAUGGAAACGGCGUCAGCGUCUUAUUAUUAUAUUUUUAGAACCGACUCUAUAUCAAACUUUAAAAAACUUGGAGGAACAGAAAAAAAAUACCACUAGAUAAAGCAGUCACUGUACUUGUAAAUUUAAGGCCCUAUUACGAAAAUAUAUUAUACAUAGAAAAGGCGCGAUUGUUGCUAAUAAAAAUUACCAGUUACUAUCAAAA